AUGGAGUCGACCGUGGAGCCGACUGACAUGUGUGCAAAGCCCCACAAGGAUCCGGAGCUCGCCGCGGAGGCGACAGCUACGAGUGGUACAAAGCCAGAUGGGGCAGGCCACAUGGCCGAGGAGGCGACAGCUGAUCCUCUCCGCACGGCCGACAAGGAGCAGACGCUGAUGAAGUUUGGAGAAGUGGACCAGGCAAUGAACAUCCUCCAUGCAAACUGCGCCGCAGUACAGCAGAACAUGCAGGCAGUGGACAAAAUUUCACAAGAUCUCCGAAAGGAGGUUUCAGACUUCGGUGAGAAGUCGGCGAGUGAGAUGGACCAUCUCAAGGAGCUUCGGAAAGUCGAAGCUGAGCGUCUCCACCGGACGGAGGUGCAGAUUGCGACGCUCCAGAAGAACAUGCAGAGCGCUAGCAACAAGAUAGCGGCGCUCAGCUCGGCGCGUGGCGUAUCCCCCUUAGGCCGGGGUGCGUCGCCACAGCGGCGGGCUGCCACGCCCUCGCAGCCGUCGGAGGAGAAGGACGGUGCUGUGUAUAGCCAUCUCCUAUCUCUGCUGGAUGAGCAAGAGCAAGUCCGACAUAAGAUCGGGAGGUUCCCCCGCAUUCCGCCGAACUGA